ACACCGAAACUUUUGUUUCUUUAGUCUUCCAAACCCCAAACUUUAAUCUUUGCUUUCUUCACUCAAUAUAAUAAUUCAUUCAUUUACUCACUCACUCAAUCAUUCAUUCACUUCCUUCCACUUGUACCUUUAUCUCAUCUCCUCUUUCCUCAUCUCACCCCAUACUUUCCCAAUCCGUCCAAAGCUCAAUCCCAAGCCAAAUGUCCACACUCCCCCCCCAAUCCCCCACUUCACCACUUCCCAAACGUCAAAAGAUAUCCCCUUCUAAAUCAAUAUCAACACCCAUAACCACAACCAAUUCUACAACCACAUCUACAUCCACACCCACAGCAGCAACAACAAAAUCUUCAUCUUCCCUCCAAGAAAUCAUGUCUUCCAACACUGCAACCAACGCAGCAACCACAGCUCCAGCUCCGACUCCCACACCAAACGGCACAACAUCCUCCACCACCUCCACCGCCCCACCCACUACAACCACAUCCUCUACCACAACCCCGCGGUCCCGACCCUCAAAUCUUCUACCCCCACCCUCCUCAUUAAGAAACUCUCCUCGCGCCCGUCUCCCUACUCGCGGUAGUGCUUUCGCCGCCGGAUACGACAUCUACGCUGCAAAAGACACGGUUGUACCUGCCAAGGGAAAGGCGAUGGUAGAUACUGAUAUCAGUAUGGCUGUACCAGACGGAACCUGUAUGUUUUUCUUCCUUCUCCUUUUCCCCUUCUCGCUCUCUCUCUCCAAUUAACUGCAGACUAACAUCCCUUCCUAGAUGGCCGCAUCGCCCCACGUUCCGGUCUCGCCUCAAAACAUAUGAUUGAUACUGGUGCCGGUGUAAUCGACGCUGAUUAUAGAGGUCAAGUAAAAGUUCUUCUCUUUAAUCACGGCGAAAAGGAUUAUGAAGUCAAGGAGGGCGAUCGUGUUGCACAGUUGAUUUUGGAGAGGAUUUAUACACCUGAGGUCACGGAAGUCUUGGUUUUGGAAGAGAGUGUGAGGGGUGAGGGGGGUUUUGGAAGUACUGGUUAGAUUGUGAGGAGUAGGGAGUGAAUGGGGGCGGGGUUGGCAAGUUGAGGAUGAGAUAUACCGUGCUAUGUAUACUCGAAGGA